AUGGCGGCGAGCGAGGACGCAUUCGAACGACUGAAGAGCGCGGCGGGGUCGGCGGAGGUCGAACGCGCGCGUAAGCCGUACGCGCCUCUGCGCGAGGGCGAAACGAUACCGAGCAUGCAGAAGCUGUGGGCGCACGCGAUGCGACGGUACGGCAGGUUCCAGGGGUACGCGUGGGUGGGCGUGAUUGCGACGGGCGCGCUGGCGUUCGGCUUGGCGAGCGCGACGAGGGAGGAUACGCGCGGCGAGAAGGAGGGUCCGACCGGUGGUUAG